AUGGCCGACUCGGAAAAGGGCCAGUUCUUGGUUUCCCUGCCAACGGUGGCCUUUGGGCCACCUACCCCAGACUCAAUCCCCGAAAGAACGAAUGCUCUCGAUCAAACUCCCCUGGAAGAAAAUCUGAGAAAUGAACACCUAACGGAUGAGAAUCAGGGGCGUGGGGAAGAGUGGGCCGAUCUGGAGAAGCGGGUACGAUGGAAAGUCGAUCUUCGUCUCUGUAGCAUCGGCGGGCUCUUGUGCAGCCUCAAUUUGUUGGACUCGGGCAUUUUGUCCUCUGCCUCGGUGACGACUAUGCUCGAUGAUCUCCAAUUGAACCAGGGGAACCGGUACUCCGUUUCCAUCUUCAUUUUCACGAUCGCUAGUGUGGUUUUCCAAUUACCGUGCACGGUGGCAGUUCGCCUGAUCGGCCCACGUAUUUGGUUUUCGACGAUCACGUUCACCUUUGGGCUGCUGACGCUAUGCACUGGGUUUGUCCAGACUUGGCAGCAGAUGAUUGUUCUGCGUGUGCUACUCGGCAUAUCCAUGUCCGGCAUCUACCCUGGUCUGACCUACCUGGUGAGCGCCUGGUACCCCCGACGAGAACAGCAGCUCCGAUUUGCCUUCUUGCAGUCCGGGGAAGUUGUGAUCCUAGCGACUGGUAAUCUUGUCAAUUUUGGUCUCAAUCAUCUGAACGGCGUGGCCGGGCUGGCGGGCUGGCGCUGGAUGUAUGUUGUCCAGGGACUCAUUACUUGCGUUUUGGGCAUCAUCACCUACUGGUGGAUGGUCGACUUCCCUGAGAACUCUCACCGCAGCUUUUUCUUUCUCACAGAGCGGGAAUCACGUCUCGCAACACGCCGGAUCCAAGAUGAUCGAGCCGAUGUUAUCCCGGAGCCGUUUUCCUGGGGCACGCUUAUCGCUAACUUUAAAGAUCCAAAUAUUUAUGGCUUUGCGUGCAUGUUCUUUUUGCUCAACCUCAUAUCAACUGCCUUAUCUUACUUCCUACCCAUUAUCCUGCAAUCUGGUAUGGGCUUCAGCUCAAACAAAGCCAUUCUGCUCUCCACUCCGCCCUACUAUUAUGCUGUAAUACCGGUCAUUAUCACGUCGUUUAUUGGAGACUAUUACCGCGUUCGUGGACCAUUGAUCGUUUUCAAUGCCCUCGUUCUCAUAGCUGGGUUCCUAAUGUUCGGUCUGCCCAUCUCCACCCAGGUGGCAGUGCGAUACAUCGGUACCUUCUUGGCGACCGGUGCUUACAUUUCGAACUGGGCAGCUCUCAAUGCUUUCCAGGCCAACAACGUUGUCGGGCAAUGGAAACGAGUAGCUACUGCGGCAGCGGUCACUGCUUGUAACGGUCUUGGAGGCGUGGCGGGCAGCUAUAUUGUCCGCCAGCAAGAGGCUCCACAAUAUCAGACCGCAGUUUGGGUCUCAGUUGGUUCCCACGUACUUCUCAUUGCGAUUGUGGGCGCAUUCACGAUUUACUUUCAUAUCGCCAAUCGGCGACAACAGCGAGGAUUAAAGGUCCUCGAAGGUGUGCAAGGCUUCAGAUACACUUAUUGA